CUAUUUAAGGAGGUUGAGUAAUUGAGUAAAGCACCCAGUUGUUGGAAAAUUCUCACUGUAGUAAGAGAGAGAAAAUGAGUGGUGAAGGGAAGGUUGUUUGUGUGACCGGAGCAUCUGGUUACAUUGCAUCAUGGCUAGUCAAGCUUCUUCUUCAACGAGGUUACACUGUUAAAGCCACCGUUCGUGAUCCCAAUGAUCCAAAGAAAGUAGAUCACUUGCGCUCUCUAGAUGGAGCUAAGGAGCGACUCCACUUGUUACCUGCAAAUCUGCUGGAGGAGGGUUCUUUUGAUGCUGCUGUUGAAGGGUGUGAAGGUGUUUUUCACACGGCGUCACCCUUCUUUAAUGAUACUAAAGACCCAGAGGCAGAAUUGCUUGUUCCUGCAUUGAAGGGAACACUUAAUGUUCUCAACUCCUGUGCAAAAGUUCCAUCUAUAAAGAGAGUGGUUCUGACAUCUUCAACGGCUGCAGUCGUAUGCAAUGGCAGGCCUCUAAGUCCUGAAGUGGUGGUUGAUGAAAGUUGGUUUUCUGAUCCCGAGUUUUGUAGGAAAUUUAAGAUGUGGUAUGUUCUCUCCAAAACUUUGGCUGAGGAAGCUGCCUGGAAGUUGGCAAAAGAGAAGGGUAUUGACUUGGUGACAAUAAAUCCUGGAAUGGUUAUUGGACCAUUGUUGCAGCCAACACUCAACACAAGUGCAGCUACCAUAGCCAGCUUAUUCAGUGGUUCAGAAACCUAUCCAAAUAUGACUUUCGCUUGGGUUCAUGUUAAAGAUGUUGCCACAGCACAUAUCCUGUCAUUUGAGGUUCCUUCAGCUGAAGGAAGGUAUUGUUUAGUUGAAACUGUCACCUCUUAUGCAGAGAUUGUGAAGAUAUUGAAAGAGCUUUACCCUAAUGCUUCACUCCCAGAAAAGUGCGCCAUCGAUAACAAUCUUUUAAAAGCGUCAUACCAGGUAUCCAAGGAGAAAUCUCAAAGUCUGGGAAUUGACUAUAUUCCUUUUAGAACAAGUCUGCAGGAGACAGUUGAAAGCUUGAAAGAAAAGGGUUUUAUCAGCAUGUUUGUGUGUAAAAAGUCGAAUUUCGUAGGAAAUGUAUCAAUGUAUGAAGCUAUAAGAUCUAUUGAUCACUUGAUCUUGAUGAAGAUUAAAAUAUUUAUACAACAGAAUGUCAAAAAUGGAAGAAAUGAAAGAAGGAGAAAUAAGAAAAUGAGCAAAGAAGAGGAGAGAAAGGUAGUGUGUGUGACAGGGGCAUCAGGUUACAUAGCUUCAUGGCUUGUGAAGCUUCUUCUUCAACGUGGUUAUAUUGUCAAAGCCACCGUUCGUGAUCUCAAUGAUCCAAAGAAAGUAGAGCACUUGCGUUGUCUAGAUGGAGCUACAGAGCGGCUUCACUUGUUGCACGCAAAUUUGUUGGAGGAAGGUUCUUUUGACGCUGCUGUGGAAGGGUGUGCAGGGGUUUUCCACACAGCAUCCCCCUUUUAUCAUGAUGUAAAAGAUCCACAGGCCGAGUUGCUUGAUCCUGCUGUCAAGGGAACACUUAACGUUCUCAACUCAUGUGCAAAAUUUUCAUCUAUAAAAAGAGUGGUUCUGACAUCUUCAAUCACAGCAGUUGUACGCAAUGGUAAAUCUCUUAAUCUUGAGGUGCUGGUUGAUGAAAGUUGGUUUUCUGAUCCAGAUUUCUGUAGGAACUCCAAGAUGUGGUAUGUUCUAUCCAAAACUUUGGCCGAGGAGGCUGCUUGGAAGUUUGCGAAGGAGAAUGGUAUUGACAUGGUGACAAUAAAUCCAGCAAUGGUUAUUGGACCAUUGUUACAGCCAACGCUCAACACUAGCGCAGCUUCAAUAGCAAACUUAUUGAAUGGGUCAGAAACUUAUCCAAAUCUAACUUUUGGUUGGAUCCAUGUCAAAGAUGUUGCCACUGCACAUAUCCUAGCACUUGAGGUUCCUUCAGCUAACGGAAGGUAUUGUCUAGUUGAAACUGUCACCCCCUUUUCAGAGAUUGUGAAGAUAUUAAGAGAGCUUUAUCCUAAUGCCGCGCUCCCAGAGAAGUGUGCUGAUGAUAAUCCUUUGAAGCCAUCAUACAAGGUUUCGAAGAACAAAGCUAGAAGUUUGGGCAUCGAUUUUAUACCUCUUGAAACAAGUCUCAAGGAGACAGUUGAAUGCCUAAAGGAAAAGAGGUUUAUUCGCUUUUGAGUGUCGCUUGAAGAUCAAAUUUGUUCGAGCUCAAUUGAAUGCGUCAAGUUAUGCUGUUAUUCAUGCAUGAUACUCAUAGAUGAAUUUCAUGGUGGUAUGUGUUGGACUGUUGGUCAGUUCCAGCCCUCUUUUUGAUGGCCAGUUCUAGUUCCUAUGUUGUACUUGAGAGUAAUUUCUUUCUUCUUUCUAUGAGUUGGUGAUUUCUGUAAUUGUAUGAUUGAGUAUAAUUGUUGGUAAAGAAAAAAUUUCAGGUUUGCAUA